AGCACCAGAAGGAGAAGAUUCCGGAACUAGGUGUAAAAAGAACUUUCUGCCUGGAGCUUCCCGGACCCAAUUAGAUGUUGUACCAAGAUGGUUACCCCGGUAACAGGCGUCGCGGUUUGUCAGGAAACCAAGAGAGGAGAUUUAAGAGGCCUAAUUCAUCUCAAUCAUGGAGAAAUCCUCAAAAGGUCUGCUCACCCAAGUUACUCAACUCUGGAACCUUCUAGAUGAUCUGGCUGAAAGUAACCCUGAGAGCUAUGAGAAGUUCAUUCAACAGCAGCUGAAAGAGGGGAAACAGCUCUGUGCGGCCCCAGAACCAUGGCUCUGUCUGCAAACCAGGAUCCUGAAACCGGAAGAAAAAAUACUUUUUAUAAACCUAUGUGAGUGGAAAAGGAUCCCAGCUCCCCAAUCAACCAGUCAUCCAGUCCCUCUAAGUAUUGGCCGACCAGAAGAUAUGUCUGAGACAUCAGAUGUUUACACAGUCAUCGAUGUUGCCUACAAUCCUGAUGUUCCAGUAGCAGAAAAGGACCAAGUGAAAAAAGAUCAAUUAAUACUGAUGGCCAUGAAAUGCAUUGAGGAACAACUCCAAUUCACUCUCUCAAACUCUUACAAUAUUACCAAAUUUAGAAUAAAAGGAAGCAUUCACAGAAUGAAACAAAAUCUUAUGGGAAUUCAAAGUGAUCCUAGGGAUUUAACAGAGAAAAUGAGAAAAGGUAAGUUAAUAAGCAGUACUAUGAGUAAUCCAGAUGAGUUUCCUCAACUUUUACUGCCGAAAGACCAAGUUUCAGGUAAAACAGGAUGUCUGAUAGAAGAGAUUUCCAGUACAGAGAUCAAAGAGGAGAUGAAGAGACCAACCUAUGAAUUAAAAAUUGUGGCCAAUCAGAAUGAGAAACCUCUGAAAAUUGAAUUAAAAGUUGAAUUACCUGGUGUUAAUUCAGUAUCUCUCUGUGACCUUAGUGUUUCUAAGGAUGAUUUAUUGAUUGAGGUCUCCGGGAAGUACAGAUUACAUCUGAAUCUUCCAGAAACUGUGGAUACUGAAAUGACUACAGCAAAAUUUAUCAAAGAGAAAGCUACAUUAAUUGUCAUAAUGCCAUUGGUCUAAUAUAUUUUGUGUUUUCAGUGGCAGUCAUGUGAAUUAUAGGACCUUCAUCAUGGGUGAAGGGGUUUAUCUUAGACACUAAUUUCAUAUUUUCUAAGAUUUCCUUUUGAUGGAAUGAGAUUUUCUCAUCAGCUACUACUGUUUUUAAAAUUUUCUUUCUCCUCAAAUAAACUCUGGCAUCAAGCAGAAACUACUAAACAGUAUUUCAUGGUAUACCUGUCAUGAAGAUUAUCUGUAAUAUUAAAUAACUUAAGUAUCAUUUGAGAAAAA